UCACAGAGCAAAGUCAAAUACUUUCCUCUGUUGUCUCUGUGAAGGAAGAAGAAGCUGUUCUGUAAGAUUAUUAUGGACGGAGGUAGCGCGUACAACCCACGUACGGUGGAGGAGGUGUUUAGGGAUUUCAAGGGUCGUAGAAAUGGCAUGAUUAAAGCUUUAACCACUGAUGUUCAGGAUUUUUACCGGCUUUGUGAUCCAGAGAAGGAGAAUCUGUGUCUCUAUGGACUCCCAAAUGAGCACUGGGAAGUGAAUCUACCAGCUGAAGAGGUUCCUCCUGAGCUCCCAGAGCCUGUCUUGGGUAUCAACUUUGCCCGUGACGGCAUGCAGGAGAAAGACUGGCUGUCUCUUGUUGCUGUCCACAGUGAUGCAUGGCUUCUUGCAGUUGCUUUCUUUUUCGGAGCCAGGUUUGGCUUUGACAAAGCUGAUAGGAAAAGGCUUUUCAAUAUGAUGAAUGACCUCCCAUCAAUUUUUGAGGUUGUGGCUGGCACUGCUAAGAAACAAUCAAAAGAGAAAUCUUCUGUUUCCAACAAUAGUAGCAACAGAUCCAAAUCAAACUCAAAGCGAGGAUCAGAACCGAGGCCUAAGCUCACAAAGCCUGAGCCGGAAGAUGAAGAGGAGGAAGAGGAAGGUGUGGAAGAGGAGGAUGAGGAUGAUGAUGAUGAGCAAGGUGAAACACAGUGUGGGGCAUGUGGUGAGAGCUAUGCAGCUGAUGAGUUCUGGAUUUGCUGUGACCUCUGUGAGAAUUGGUUCCAUGGGAAGUGUGUGAAGAUAACACCAGCAAGAGCUGAGCACAUCAAGCAGUACAAGUGCCCAUCUUGCAGCAACAAGAGGGCUAGGUCCUAA